AUGAAGCAAGUUAAAUUCGUCCCACACCAAUCUCAAUGGACCGAUGAAGAGUUUCAAGCUAUGGUUGAAGGUGUUGAGAACGACAUAGACGGCGAACUUGAAGGAGCUCAAAUCACAAUUGCAACCAAAAUUGCAGGAGUCAAGGAACAGAUAGCUCCACUUAAAGCUACCAAAGCUACUCUUGACCUCAUGGAUACUUACCGUUUAGAAGUAAAGAGUGGAAUAAGACAAUUAAAAUUAAAACUUCUAAACUACGAAGCUAUACUCCAAAAGUUAGCAGAAAUGAGAAGACUUUACCAGAGCUACUUACAUGUAAGGGACUUACCUUCAUGCAGUCCGACCAAAGAUGAAUUUUCUGACAUUGUCCCAAUUUUGUCCGAAAGUCAGCUCAGAUGUUUUGAACUGCUCCCAACAUAUCCAGAAUAUGAACGUUUGCCUGAACUCUUCCGCAAUCUCAAAAAAC